GAAGGGGAGUUUUGGGACGGACACAGAUUGUUGACCAGUUCAAAUUAAAUCAGCAGCACUUUCAUUCCAAACUUCUUGAUGAGUAACUGAAAGCUGAGGUUUGAAGGGGCUCAGUUUAACUUUUUUUAUUUGACUGUGAGGAGAAACUGUAGAUCUUCACCCUCCAUGGAGACCAAAUGAAAACAAGUAGCAGCAACAGCCUAGUGUCAGCAGGGCUCCGCGGACGGGAAGAGACGGAGGAAUGGACGCUGUGACAGCGGACCAAACUGCCUGAACUAUCCGCCUCCUCUUCCUCCAUGUCGCCCUCCUCUCCCUGCCAGGUGCCUUCGCGUGGCAACGGGGGCUUCAAGGCGGCUCCGCUGUCCCCUCCUCCGCCCGUCCCGCCGCGGAGGGUCCGGAGUCGGGACGGAGGAAGGACGCGGCGGUCUGUGGCACCAGAGAGGCGGGUGAAGUGCGUGCUGGUGGGGGACGGAGCUGUGGGGAAAACAAGCCUGGUGGUCAGCUACACCACCAAUGGAUACCCCACCGAGUACGUUCCCACCGCCUUUGACAACUUCUCAGCGAAGGUAUCAGUGGAUGGGCAGCCAGUCACACUACAACUCUGUGACACAGCUGGACAGGAUGAGUUUGACAAGCUGCGUCCUCUGUGUUACACCAGCGCAGACGUGUUCAUGCUGUGCUUCAGCGUCGUCAGUCCAGCCUCCUUCCAGAAUGUUCCAGAAAAGUGGAUCCCAGAGAUUCGGAAACACGCCCCCUUUGCCCCUCUCGUCCUCGUGGGGACGCAGUGUGACCUCCGAGAGGAUGUCAAGGUUCUUAUCGACCUGGCUAAAUACCGAGAGCGGCCCGUGGAGCCAGCAGAUGCUCGGCACUGUGCGAUGGAGAUCGGGGCUGUGGCCUACAUGGAGUGCUCCUCUCUGACCCAAAAGAACCUGAAGGAGGUGUUUGACACGGCCAUACUGGCCAGCAUGCAGCACCACGGCUCCCGUAAGCACUCGAGAGGGAAACAAAAACGUCGCAAAAAGCAAAGGCAGACGCCGGACAAGAUGAAGAGCCUCUCUAAGUCCUGGUGGAAGCGGUACUGCUGUGUGGCCUGAGGCAGAACAAGGACGGGUUUGGAUCUGCACCCUGUCUGCCUUUUUUUUAAAGGAGCUUCAUAAACGACUGGGAUUGUGGAAGAAAACUAAUACAAUUUGCAAAAAUGUAAAAUAUAUUUUAUUGCUGGUGAGAUUUGCCACCUCUGGUCCCAGCUCUCUGCACCGAGCUCUUGUCUCUACUGCAUUACACUGGUAUGAACCAGAACUAUUAUGGGACCAGCAGAAGAUGUGAAAGCUUUCAUAAAAACAAGGAACUACUAACUGUUUCCAAUCUGGAGUGCUGGUGAAAUUCCCUGUUGUGAAUUCAUCCUGCCUUGUGACGCCGCUUUGAGCAAAACUGGAAUCUCAGUGGGAUAUAAUCAUUAUUAUCAGUGACCCAAAGCAACCACAGCUUUCUAAACGGGGUCUAACUAUAGCUGCAGAAUGAAAGAGCACUACCCUCAGACAAAACUAUGUCAUUUAAGAUUUUACGACCCAGACACGAUCACUAUUUAAAGUCCGGUAGAUCAUUUCAGAACCACAUAAGCGGGACGAUUGUUAUUCCUACUAAAGACUACUGACUGAAUCAUGUUGACUUAAUUUGAGGUCUUAGCAAAACAAUAUGUGGUUAAUUCAGACGUAUAAUUGAACCCUCUGGAGGCAGGCGUUGCAGAUUUGCAACGUUAAAACCUGCCUACCUGGUUACUCCACACAGGUAUUUCACGGGCAUUUUUCUACUCAGAAGUACCCCUGAAGGACUUAGUUGUUUGUCCUUUUAUCAAAACUUAUUUUGAGCUGGAGAGAGUUAAACCUUGAUAAGAAAGUACAUGUUGGGUAAAAAUAUGUGUUUUAACUUAGAUCUGAACGGGUUUCUGCACACUUGUGUGCUUAGGUCUACGAUAGCAGGUUGUGUGUCUACUCCCAGUUUGAGGUGAUUUAUCAUCCUGGAGCAGUUCCAGUGUGGGUUGGUUAAUUAUAAAUCCUCUUGUGUUUGCCUCACGUUGCUCUACAGUGUGCUGUUGUUCAGGUGAGAAAAGAAAUCAGAUAUUUAAAUUUGAAGACUGUUUUUGCGGCAGCUCAGCCCCGCACUGGAUGCAGAUUUUGACGUACCCUUUGAAACACUAAAACAAUCCUAAACACGAGCAAUUAAGAUCAUGAGAUCAGCUAAGUAAACCUAAGAAGGACUCUCCUGUUUCUCUGUGUGAAAAAGAAAUUAAUUAUUGUCCAUUUGUCUAGUAUUUAAUUUGGCCGACUAUCCUUUCUCAAAUAGAUGUGGGUUCAGUGUUAUAAAGCAGAAACUAAGCAACUAAACAGUAAACCUUGCUUAUAUCUGUAUAAUUAACAACUCUUUGUUUUAAAAACCCCAAAGCAGAAAAGGAUGAAAAGUUCUUUAGUGAGUGAAAUCACAUUAUUACACAGCUAAUAACACGAAUAGACAAUAAAAAGUCUGUUUUUCUGCUUUGUUGAGGUUGAUAAAAAGCUAAACAGCCACAGAAGAAAAAAUGAACACAGAGUUUGAUAUUCACAGUUUCAUGAUCUCAAUGUUUCAAACGUCUAAACUCUGCUGGGUUAUUCUGAGUUUGAGGACUGGAGCCGCUUCCUCCUUGAAGAUGUUUCUGCUCCGACUCAAUGGCUUCACUGUCUCCGUGUUUCGCUCUUCAUAGCAAAAGCUUUGUGUCUUUCAGCAGGGAAAGGCAUAAUAGGUUAUUUGUUGUGCUGUUUGUCUAUCGUCUUUGCUCAUUGUGGAGUUAAGUAGGCUGAAGGUCACACACUUUUAUGCUAGCUGGCAUUUCCUGUGUCAAAUUAUUACUUACAGAUCCUUUAUGAAUGCAUGGUUUAUUAUUAAAGGUGCUGAACACUCGUUUAAUUAAUACAAUUGCAGAAGCGCCUGGAUCAACAUGGACAAGUCUGCUGCAGCAGAGAGUGGCAGCAGGAUUUGGAGUCUUACUUCCUGAUAUUUGGACAUCUUGCCUUGGAUUGGAUAACAGCAACGUGCUGACUCAGCUCUGCGACAGGGAUGUUUGAUCUCUGCAAAUAACACAAGCCUGGAGUAGUUUCUGCCAUGUGGUUGAGAUGCUAAUGCUAAUGGUUAGCUUUUGCUAGCUGAGACGUUCAAUGCUGCAUCCAGGACAACAAUAGCCUUCCCCUGUCACGAGCCAAGAUGAGUGAGUCCAAGUGAUGGCUUGAUGUAGAUCUGUAGGGCUUUUCAAAUCUCUAAUCAGAAGCUAAUGCAGGAGAUAGGUGUAGGAGACUAUUCAACCUGCAUGGAAAACCCAGAGUGACUGAUUACAAUCAGAAAUAAUCAUUAAAAAAUGUUUUUUCAGAGUUCCGCACCUUUCUCCAGUGCGCUAAAUUUUUGUGCCAUUUCCACCUGAAAGAUGCCAAACUAAUGGCAGCUAGUUAGCAUCCAUGAACUCACUCACCUUGUCUUGCGACCACGGAAGUGUUUAUUUUCUGGCCAGGACAGAGCAGAACAUGUCUCAGCUAUUAGAAGCUAACUAUUAGCAUUAGCAAUCUCACCAAAUGACAGAACAGGUUCAGGUUUUCAUUUGGUGAGAUAAAACAUCAACAAUGCAAUGUUUCACCCAAGUAGAGCGAAUGGAGGAAGCUGAAGAGUUGCAAUGCUGUUAGCGAAUUAGUGACGAGAUGGUCGUAUAUCAUGAAUAUCAAUGAGUAGGGAUUGAAAUCCUGCCGUUUCCCACUCCCACUGCUCUGACUAACUUCUACUUCCUGAAACGGAAACAUUGAGACCACAGUAGCAAGUCUAUGCCACCUUUAAUUAAAUUAAAUAAACAACAUUGCAUUACUUGCUUUGAACUGACUAGCCAUGAGCUUAUCAAUCUCAAUUUCAUGGGUUCUGUUUGGAAAGCCAUCCAUAAUGUGCACAAUGUAAAUAUUUAUAAUUUUUACACAGAAACAUACUAAAAUAAACCUUUAAUGACUAAAAACGAUUUAAAUAUUUGCUUUUCAUGCCGCCCAGAAUGUUAAAACAAGUUUGAAGAUAAAUCAAUCAUUUCUUGACUUUCCCUCUAGUGUUUGGCUUGCAUUAACAGACUCAUUUGUGAGCUUUAAUCCUGUCUAACUUUAUCUGUACAGCAGCCUCUCUGGUCUGAAGGGUGCUUUAUGUCAAAACAAAAAGCCUCACUGAUGUUUUACCUCCAGCUGCAGUUUAUUCGACUUUAUUAUGAACCACACAGGGUUGUAUCCUUCUCUCAGCUGGUUGGACUUGGAUGAGAGAUUUAUGGUUUUUUAAUGUGGAACAGAUGGACUCUGUAAGUGAAGACAGAGAGGAGGCGUGCUGAUGAACGUUUAUGUUUCGUUAAAAAUAAAUCAGUAAUAUUCGUGCUUAGAAUUCCUGAUCAGGAUGGACUUUGUUUACUUGGAUUAAUUUGACGCUGGAUCAAGCCUCCAUUAAUGUAACAGUGUUUCUAGAUAAAUGACUCAUAUUAAAAGCAUCUGAAAGCCGGUGUUUAUUCAACAUAAGGUAAAGAUGAGCAAACAAUCGUUUAAUCAGGUCUGAGUCAAGCUGCAAAACAAAUCCGGCCUUUGCUUUUUGUAAGCAAAGAUGUUUUCUUUGUUUACCCUUCCACUCCUCUUUUCCAGAAAGCUCUGUGAGUUUAAACCGAAAGCCAAAAGAAAACAAAUAGAGACUGAGGUUGUUAGCUCCUGAUCUGCACCUGAGCUCACUCAGGUGGGACACCAGCUGAGAGAAACCAAACCAACGUGUGUGAAGCAUCGCUGUGUGUCAAAGUACGGCAACAGGAAAAAUGAAGAUGUCUCUCAGAGCAGGAUGUGUUCGAUCAGAUCUGUAAUAAAGAACUUUUGGAAUAAGA